AUGCAGAGCCUUAUCCCUGUCGAGGAGAUGGAUGAGCGCUUCCAAAUUGCGAAGAAGAUUGGAGCCCGCUUUCAGGGCGAUGACGAUCCGCCGCAAUUGACAGCACUUGAGCUGUCGAUUAUCAUGGUUAUGCCUCUGGCACAUCUCCGGGAGAAUGGGAGAUGGAUCACGAAGCAUCUUCUGGAAGGGGUGGAGCAGUUAAUCGAAAAGUUUCUGCAGAAGAGCCGGGCCGAAGGGGUUGGGAAUGCCGCUCCAUCCAACCCCGGCGUCAAAUCUGCUCCUUCGCGAAAAUCCUCUAAUAACCAUGAGAAUGAAUCCGGACGGACGUCCCGCAAGUGCAAAGCAGACCUAGACACUCCGUACAAGCCCGCAGAAAAGUUUUCUGUUUCGCAACGAGAGGACCAAAAGAGACAAUGCAAAGCUCGAGACAAGUUCACUUGCAUCUUUCUUGGGACGGCAGACCCAGAUAUUUGUCAUAUCGUUCCUUUCGCAUUCAACUCGAACAGAGAUAAUCUCAAUGACGCCCUGAACCUAGUAUCCCAUUACUCUGUACUCAUGGGCACCGGCCUCACAUAUACCAGCCUGAUAUCAGAACGCCUUGGCUGCUCCGACCAGACGUGGAACAUGAUCUCGAUGAACAAGCAGAUGCACGACUGGUGGUCCAACGCCCGCUUCGGUCUUAAAUGUCUUGGAAUAUACCCCGAUGGCGAAGGCAUAUGGGUAGUUAGACUGCAAUUCCAUUGGAUGAAGCGGCAAGACAUGCGAGAUCCUUAUCGGGAGAUCACUCUCACCGCGGAAGAGGUUAAGAAGUUUAUUGACGGAUUGACAACGUAUUACGACGACGCCGAUAAGCAUGAUGACGAGAGUGAGGCUGCGGUGUCGGCCGCUGACGCCAGGCCGAACUGGGCGCUGCGUUCGGGCCGCAUCUUCGAGAUCCGCAUGGGUCCUGGCGAAGAGCCGGAAAUGACAGCCCAGAGGAUGGCAGAGAAAAUGAAGGCAAUGCUGGACUUCCAAUGGAACUGUAUCAGAAUUUCCGUUAUGUCGGGUGCUGCCGGAUCGCCCGAAUUCUUAGAGGACGACAAUAACGACGAUGCUACCGAUGAUCGGAUCCGCGCAUGGCUCAAGGCGACGAACUCACUUUGUACCUCCAGACACGACGGAAUCUCCGAGUGUUGCGAGAAGUCCUGA